CCGAACCGAACCCGAAAUUAAAUGGAUAUCCGAUAGAAUCCGAAACAUUCAAAAUGCAAAAAAAGAACUUGUACCAAACAUGAUCUCAAUUUCUGAUAUGUAGCUAAAAUACACUAAGAUAUUAUUAAACAUCUACAAUAACUAUCUACUACAUGAAGGUUGAUGGUUGAAAGUGGCGGUUGAGGCUUGAAAUGUUUAGAUUUUGGUUUUAUUUUUAUUGAAUAAUUUUAUUUUAUUUUAUGAGAACUUAAUUUUUCGUUUUAUGAUUUCAUUUAUUGGUUUUCUUUCUAUCAAUAACAACGUAUACCUUUCGUUGACUUUGAAUGAUCAUGUUUGAUGUUUUUUUCUUAUUUCUGAAUCGAUUUUACGUAUGUUUUGGUUACAAAAUAGGUACAAAUCAAGUACUUUAAAUCCGAAGAACCGAUUUUACUUGUUACAAAAUAUGUAUAAAUCAAGUACUUUAAAACCGAAGAACCGGUUGGAACCCAAAACCCGAAAGUAUACCGGGUUGUACCGGUUCUUUGAAUAUUUACUAACUUCGAUCCGAACCCGAUAAAACCCGAACCGGUCCCGAACCGAAUUUUUAUGUAAUCCGAAUAGGGCUGAUUUUGAUAAACCCGAAAACUGAGACCCGAUUUGACAAAACCGAAACCCGGUUGAGAUCCUGAAUGCCGAGGCCUACUUUUGGCCAACCGAUCAUUACUGAAACUUGAAUGAAAGGGUUCGAGUUAUGUUUCAAAUUUAUUGGCGAAACUUUAACCUAUUACCUAUUACUUACCCCAAAAAAAAAACUUUAACCUAUGACACCAUCAACUGAUUUCUCUUUUUAUAUGUAUCUUUGAAGGGCUAGCAUAAUGUAUAUAGUAUAUUAUAAUACAGAUGCACCUAGAAGUACUAAUAUUCUUUUUGUUAUUACUAGACGACAGAAACCUUGGCCUUUUGACUCGGGUCUUUACUCCCGUGAGACCAAAUAAAAAAAAAAAAUCAGAACUGUAACUAAUCGUAUUGAGCUCACUUCCCUCAUAUGUAGGUAUCUCUUCUUCAUUAACAACAACUAGAGAGAAGAGAGAGAGAAAAAUAUUUUGGAAGCAUAUAUCUUUGAUAAUCAUGAUGAGAUUCACAAUCAUAGCAGUAGCUUUCCUUAUUAUCAUUCAUGCCCUAAAAGACGACCAUAUCCUAGUCUAUGCUCAUGAAGGCGGAGAUGCUGGUCAUAAAAGUCUUGACUAUCGUGGAGAUAAAGAUUCCCACGACUUCACCAGCACUGGAGCACCGAGGAAACUAAGGCCCGGGAGAACAAUGAGAACCACAGUGGUAAUAGCCGAGAAGGAGAAAGUAAGGGCGACGAAUAAUCAUGAUUUGAGUAUAAAGAUUUCAUCAGGUGCAUCAAAGCAAUUGAAGGUGGAGCGAAAAUUAGGGUUUCAUAAGAGAAGAGAACAUAAGAAGACCAAUAUAUUGGCAGAUCUUGGCACCACUAAGGUUGGUCUUGUAAAACCUUCUUUAAGAUAUUUACAUGUCGAUGAUCUCACCAACGGUAAUAGCCUACAAAAAGGUGAACUAUUUUCUUCAGCCAAGGAUAUGAAGAAACUUGCUCGACUGUUACGCAGUGAUUAUCCGAUCCAUAGUAAGCCUCGAGGAAAGCCUCCUGUCCAUAACCGAGCUCCCGACAAGAUUUAAGUGAUUGUUGAUCGGUCGAGAAGAAUUUGAGUUAUAAUUAGAAGUAUGAUGAUCAAUUUUGUUAGAAAGGUACGUAGUUAACUAUGUUGGUCCCAGUUUUGUUUCUGUGUAUAGGGACUUAUGUAAUACAGUAACAAUAUAGCAAGCUAGGAUUGAGGAGCGCUAUCUUUUGUUUCUUGUUUUGAAAUAAAUUUGUGUACUUUAGGCUUUUUAAUAUCAAAGUUCUUACAGGGAGAAAGUACAUGAUUCA